AUGAAAUUUUUUUCUUGGAUUGGCCUCAUUUCAUUAAGUGAAAUUAAUAAUAUAUUAGGUCAAAAUAACGCUUUAAUUUUUCUUGAAAAUUGUAAAGUAGAUAUUAAAAAACUAUAAUUUGAAGGAGUUGCUCUAUCUCCAAUUAUAAAAAUUGUGAAUUCUCAUAAUACAAGAAUUUCAGACAGUUAGCUAUUUGGCAUAUAAAAAUUGUAUUAAUUCGAUUUAAUAUAUAUAACUGUAUCUAAAAUUUCAGAAUCAAUAGUUUUGAUUUAAUAAUUAAAGAUAAUUUAAAGUAUAAUUUAUUAAUUUAAAACAAAAAGAAGCCUAAUUUUUUAAGAUUUAAAUUAUUAAAUAAUUGGAUGCGAUAUAUGGAAAAAUUAAACUAUCUUGUAAUAAAUUGAUUUUUCAUCAUAUUUCCAAUCUUCUACUAAUCAAUACAGUUAAAUAUUUUAUGUGUAUAGUAAUUCAGAUUAAAGUUCCUUUUUCUUUUAAUAAAUAGAUCUUAUUGAAAAUGAGGAAUCAGAUUUUGCUAAAGGAAUAAUGACAAUUGAAAUUGAAAAUUUAAAAAAAAUUUAUUUAAAUAAUAUUAUUUGCUAUAAAAAUAGGGUGAAAUAAAAUGGUUGUGUUAAUUUUUUGAAUACCAAUUUUAUUAAUUCAACAAUUAAAAUAAGAGAUUCUUAUUUUAUUCAAAAUUUUGGCAGUAUUGGAGCAGCAAUUUAAAUUUCUAAUUUAAGAUUUAAAAUGGCAAAUUGCAAAAUAAUUCAAAAUAAUGCCAGUGAAUCAGGUGGAGGAAUGUAGUUAUAAAUGAAUGAUACCGACUUUUAGAUAAAAUCAACAAUAAUUAUUGGUAAUUAAGCCUAAGAAGGAGGUGGAAUUUAUUUGAAAAAUGCAGGUAAGUUAAAUCUAAAUAAUUUUAUUUAUUCUUUUUUAUUAUUCAAUAAGGCAUUUUAGUUUGGUAAUAAUCUAGUUGAAUCUCCUAAUCAUUUAAUGUUGACAAUAAAUAAUAAGGAAUAGUAAUCUAAACAAAAAAUUAUCAACAAUAUCAUUGAUGAAUAUUUAAUUCUUAAAUAGUAUAAUAUUAUGGAAUAAGGAACCUUUUAAAUUAAAAAUUAUUUGAUGAUCCCAAGUAAUCAAAUUUUGUCAGCUUAUAAACUUUUUAAUCCUUAUAGCAUGAAAUAUUUAUCAUAUAUUUACAAUUUUGCUCUUAUCUUAAAAAAUAGUUUAAAUGAAAACCAAAGGAACUAUUAAAAUACUACUUGCACACUAAUGACUAAAUUAAUAAAUGAUGAUAAAAUAGACAAAGAAGGAAAGUAAAUUGAAACAAAAAAUUUGCCAUACGAUAUCUAAAAUAGUUACUAUGAUAUAAGCUCUCUUUCUUUCACUUUUGAUCCUUACAAUCAAGAAAAAACAAGCUUAUUAAUCUAAAUAAGUUGUAAUUCAUUUUAGUAAUAGCAAAGUCUUGGAUAUCUUAUUCAAGCAAAAAGUUUAAAAUGUUAACUUGGAGAAUUUUAUGUAAAUUAAGGGUGUUAGAUUUGUUAAUCAAGUUAAGGUUUUUACUCUGUCAUUUACAAUGCAACUAAAUGUUCAAUUUUUGAUAAAACUAAAUUUAAGAAUAUAACUGAAAAUAAAAUUGAAUUAUUAGAAGGUUUUUGGAGAUCUGAUUAUUUAUCAGAUUAAAUAGAAGAAUGCUUUAAAAAAAUGUAAUUUUGUUAAGGUGGCUGGGGGUUUGGCAAUUAAAUAUGCUCUAAAGGACAUAUCGGAGCAUUAUGUGAAGAAUGCGAUAUAUAUAAUAUAAAAGGAGAUGGAAAAUAUUUUAAAAAUUAAUAAAAUUUAGAAUGUAUAUCUUGCUAUGGUGUAUAGGAUAGUAUCAUUCCUUUUAUAACAUCAUCAAUAUGGUAUUUAGCAGUUUAAUUUAGGUCGUUUUUAUCAAUCAUCAUAACCUUAAGAAGUAUUGAAUAAUCUAAUCAAUUAUUUAAGAAUUUAGCAUUAAGAUAAAGAUUUGGUAAACUACUUUUUAAGCUAAAUUAAGGUAUAAUUAAUUUAUAUAAAGGUCAUGAAAGUUUUGUUAUAAAAAUGUUGUUAAAUUAUUUGUGGAUUUUUUCUGUUAUCUUUACAUUUAAUUUAUAGUUUUCUUUUUCAUUUACUUUUAUUGAUUCAGCUAGUAAUACUUCUUACUCUAUGACUAAUAAUUUAGACUGUUAUUUAUCAGAAAGCUAAUCAAUAAAACUGAUAUACUCUAAAAUUAUUACAAUGCUAUCCCUUAUGUCUUUUUAAUUUAUUCUUGUUAUUAUGGGAUUUCUCAUAUAUUUUAAGUAUCAAAAAUUGAAAAUGUAAUUUUUUCAUUUUGAGACUAUAUCAAAUAGUUUGCUAUAUCUAUAUGUUUCAAAUUAUGGUGGAUUGAUUAAGAUGUAAGAAAAAUAUAUCUAUAUUAGGUAUUUUUCAAUUCUUUCUAGAAGAGAAAUAUCAAAUCAAAGUUUUAUUUAGGGAGAUGUUUCAUUACUUUUUGGAUCUAGAGAGCAUCAAAUUUGGUUGUUUUUCUUUGUAAUUCCAGGAAUAGGAUUCUUUUGUUUGAUUAUACCUCUCUCCCUUUUUAUUUUAAUGUAUAUAAAGAGAAAUCAACUUGACUCAAUUAAAAUUAGAAAAAAUUUUUGUUAUCUUAUUAAUGAAUAUGAAAAUACUACUUACUAUUGGGAAAUAAUUAAAUUAAUAAAAAAAACAAUUAUGAUUUUAUUAUUAACUUAUUUUGAAACGAACAUUCUAUUGAAAGCUUCAUUAUUGGGGCUAUGCUUACUUUUUUAUUAAUUGAUAGCUGUAAAAAACAAGCCUUUUAUUCUGUAGAAUUUGAACAAUUUGGAUUUAUAUUCAGGUUAGAUUUGUUCUAUCACAAUAUUCCUUGCUGCUGCUAAAUAUGUAUCAGAAUAUGAAAAUAAUUAAUUUUCAUCGAAUACACUCUCAAUAUUUAUUGUUUUGCUUUGCGUUAGACUGAGUUAUCCAUUUAUUUUCAAUAUAUCUGGAGCUUAUCUUAAAAAUUAUUAUUCACUUCUUAUGAAUUCUUCACAUAAAAUUAUGGAAAAGAUUUCAAAAGAUUCCACCAUAACAAAAAAAUUAAAAAGGAAUUUAAAGGAAUAUAAUCUGAAAAAGUAGAGAUAGAAAGAUUUAAUCACAAAAUUAAGAUAAUACCUUCUGAGAUUUUCAAGAGUCCAACUUGAAACAAAUAGGUACCAAAUAUUAUUAUUGUUAGAUAAAUGUUAGCUACAAAUAAUUUCUCUUCAAAUAAAGAUAAUUUAAAAUCAUUGUCAAAAUAAACAUAUUUUUUUAAGCUGGAUUCUAAGUGA